AAAGUGUCAAAUACAAAGACAAAAUCAGAAAGUGUGAUAAAAUUCAAACUUGUGGGGAAGAUGUAUAAAGUUUGGAAGUGUUUCACAUUCUCACAAUAGACUUUCAAGCAAAAGGGAAAGGGUGACUAUUACUAUUAGUCCAUAGGCACAAAGUUUUCAAAGGAAGUUCAAACCCCUGCUGAACUGUGGCGUGGUCUCACUUCACUUUGUCCAAUUCUCUUCACUCUUUAGGAGGGAAGGGACAAUGGAGAAGGUGAGAAAACAGAAGAAACACCACGUUGCAGCGUUCAAAACUCCAAGGUUUAUGCAUCAAUGUUGCUUUUUUCUCUUCCUCUUCACCCUUUUGGCUACAACAACUCAAGCUUUUGAUUAUGCUGAUGCACUCUCAAAGAGCCUCCUCUACUUUGAAGCACAACGCUCAGGGAGGCUACCAUACAACCAGCGAGUCACAUGGCGUGACCAUUCUGGCCUCACAGAUGGACUAGAACAAGGGGUGGACUUGGUGGGAGGGUACUAUGAUGCAGGUGAUCAUGUGAAGUUUGGUUUACCAAUGGCAUUCACAGUGACCAUGCUCUCAUGGGGUGCUAUAGAUUUUUGGGAACAAAUUGCAGAUGCAGGUGAACUAGAACACACAAUGGAGGCAAUCAAAUGGGGUACUGAUUACUUCAUCAAAGCUCACACUAGCCCAAAUGUGUUGUGGGCAGAGGUGGGUGAUGGAGACACAGACCACUAUUGCUGGCAACGAGCGGAGGACAUGACAACUUCAAGGCAAGCAUUCAAGAUAGAUGAGAGCAAUCCAGGUUCUGAUUUGGCCGGAGAGACAGCUGCAGCUAUGGCAGCUGCCUCCAUUGUGUUCAAGAAAACUAACCCACAUUACUCUCACCUACUUUUACACCAUGCUCAGCAGUUGUUUGAGUUUGGGGACAAGUACAGAGGAAAGUAUGAUGCUAGUAUUGGAGUGGUGAAGAAGUACUAUGCGUCGGUGAGCGGUUACAUGGAUGAGUUAUUGUGGGGAGCCAUGUGGUUGUACAAGGCCACCGACAAGGAAGAGUAUUUUGAGUAUGUGAUUUCAACAGCUCAUAGCUUUGGUGGCACUGGUUGGGCCAUGACAGAAUUCAGCUGGGAUGUUAAGUAUGCUGGCCUCCAAGUCUUAGCAUCAAAGUUUUUGAUGGAAGAAAAACACAAGAAGCAUGUCAAUAUACUCAAAAAGUACAGAUCAAAAGCAGAGUUCUACAUAUGUUCAUGUCUCAACAAAAACAAUGGCAGCAAUGUGGCAAGAACACCAGCAGGAUUGCUAUAUGUCAGACAAUGGAACAACAUGCAAUACGUUUCAACAGCAGCAUUUCUUCUCACAGUAUACUCUGACUUCCUCCAAAGCAAAAAUCAGAAGCUAAACUGCCAUGAUGGUAUUGUCAGCCAUGAAGAAAUUCUCAGUUUUGCCAAGUCACAAGUUGAUUACAUUCUGGGCCUAAACCCACUUAACAUGAGCUACUUAGUGGGCUUUGGGCCUAGGUACCCCAAAAUGGUCCAUCAUAGAGGGGCAUCCAUUGUGCCAUAUAGAGAGAGUAAAGGGUUCAUAGGGUGCACUCAAGGCUAUGAUAAUUGGUACAGCAUGCAAGGACCAAAUCCUAAUGUUCUAGUUGGGGCUUUGGUUGGAGGGCCAGAUCAUGAAGACAAUUUUGAGGAUCAAAGGAAUAACUAUGUGCAGACUGAGGCAUGUACAUAUAAUACAGCACCAUUAGUUGGUGCUUUUGCAAAAUUCUUGCAAUUAGAGAACAAAAUGUUGGUUCAUGAUUCUGAUUCCCUUCAAGUUGCUUCCUUUUAAAUUCUACAGUGAAAGUACUAAAGUAAUGUUUGUAGAAGCCAAUAUUAUUUUAAUUUUUGUAUAAAUGUUAUUGUUUCUAUUAGAUAAGUGAUAUUUUGCUUACCUAAGAUGUUUGACAACAUAAGUAUUUUCUCUAUUAACAUACUCGAUA